CAUUUGCAAAGAAGCAUCCUCUGUCCAUAUAUAGAUUCAACCAUAAUUCCUCCAAGCCUUCUCUUUGUCCGAUCGGUUUUUCAUCCGGCGCGCGUGGGCUGACACCGCCGCAUAUGACUCGUCGCGCCUCCGUCGCCAUGGUGGAACUGGAGUCGCAGGACGCGGCGACGAUGAAUGUGGCCUCCGCGAAGCACGUCACGGCCACCGUGGCGCUGCGUGUCGGGGCCGCCGUCGCGUCGCUGGCCGCCGCCGUCCUCGUCGUCACCAACCGGCAGGAGCGCUGGGGGGUGGAGGUCAACUUCACCAUGUUCGACGUCUGGGUGGCAUUCGUGGCGACCAACUUCUUCUGCACAGCAUACUCGCUGCUGACGGCCAUCUUCGUCAAGAAGCUCAUCGGCAAGCGCUGGCUGCACACCGUGGACCAGCUGGUGGUGAACCUACAGACGGCGGCAACGGCGGGCGCAGGGGCCAUCGGGUCGGUGGCUAUGUGGGGGAACAAGACCAGCGGGUGGUACGCGGUGUGCCGCCUCUACCGGAGGUACUGCGACGUCGGCGCGGUCGCGCUCGCGCUCUCCUUUGCCGCCUUCCUCUCUCUCGGCAGUGCCUGCGCACUCUCCCGUUACCCCAGGGCGCCGGCCAGGCACUGACCAAUCACUUAGGAGCAAUAGCAGCACCUUGAUAUGUUCAAGUUCUUAUCAUCAGAUCAUGUAAAGAGUUCUUAGGAGUACAUUGUUUGUCGUUUUGGAUCUCAAUUACUACGUAGUUGGUAGGUUAAGCAGCGGUAUCCAUUCAUGAAAUCAUGAGCAUGGAAGAUGAGACGCAUAUAUGCACCGUAUA